CUCGGCGAGAACCGCCUGCGAUUGCUUCGGACCAUGGGCAAUGGCAUGAACAAGGUUCUCCCUGGACUUUACCUCGGGAACUUUGUAGAUGCCAAAGAUUUGGACCAGCUGAGCCGGCACAAUAUCACUCACAUCCUCUCCAUUCACGAAUCUCCGCAGCCGUUUAUUCCGGGAAUCACCUACCUUCGGAUUGCUCUGCCAGACACACCAGAGGCUAACAUCAAGAAGCACUUCAAAGAAUGCAUCCAUUUCAUCCACUCCUGUCGCCUGCGCGGAGGAAAUUGCCUUGUGCACUGCCUCGCUGGGAUCUCUCGCAGUACCACCAUCGUCCUGGUCUACGUCAUGGCGGUGACGCAGCUGAACUGGCGGGAGGCCCUGGAGGCCGUCAAGGUGGCCCGGCCGGUCGCCAACCCGAAUCCCGGAUUCCGUCAGCAGCUGGAAGAGUACGGGAAAAGCAAGUCUGCGCGGAAGAUCCGCCGGCAGCUUGAGCACAAGUUUGGUGCAUCCCCUUUCAACGAAGAGGAGGAGAUCCGAGCCUUGCUGCCGGCUGGCAAAAGACCCGACGCCGACGUGCCUCGGCAGACUCUGGCACCAAAGGGCUGGGGUGCCAAGCACACGGGACCCUUUCUGCUGCGGGUGAAGGAGACAUUCUCCUGCCUUCCAGGGUGUCUGAAAUGAACCUCCCUCGGGCGUGC